AUGUUUGAACAAUUGACACGGGUCAACUUCAAUGGUUCCGAUCUAACAUCAAUUGGAAAGUUAGCUUUCUAUGAAUGUACAAGUUUGCUGGAAAUCAAAAUACCUGCGUCUGUGACGAUUAUUGAAGGUUCGGCAUUUGCUGUUUGCCGCUCAUUGACAAGAGUUCAUUUUCAUGAAGAUAGUGUGUUGACUAUCGUUAAAGAGCGGGCUUUUGCUGCUUGCAAGUCAUUGACUGAAGUCAGGAUUCCUUCAAGUGUUGAGACCAUUGAAGAAGGUGCCUUUGCGCAUUGCUGGUCGUUGAGAAAACUUCAUUUUCAUCUAGAUAGUUCAUUGACCACCAUCGGAAUAGAGGCCUUUGUCCAAUGCAGAUCCUUGGCCGAUGUCACCAUUCCUUCAAGUGUCGUGAGAAUUCAAAGUCGUGCCUUUUUGAGAUGUGAACUCUUGGCAAGAGUGCUCUUCAAGGAGGGGCUGAAAGUCAUUCAUACUGAUGUUUUCUACGGCUGUGUCAAAUUGGAAAACGUGGACAUUCCGAGAAGUCUUGAGGUCAUGGACUGCGGUGCAUUUUACGACUGCACUUCAUUGCAGAAAGUGAAUUUUGAGGAAGGAAACUUGAGAAAAAUUGGAAAACAGGCCUUUCAAGGAUGUCGGAAAUUGCACACAAUCAAUAUCCCUACCACUGUGGAGCGUCUUGAAACAAGGACGUUCAGGAACUGCGCCUCAUUGGAGGUAGUGAAGUUCCAGAAUGGUCUCAAAUAUGUGGAAGAAAAAGCCUUUUACAUUUGCAAGAAUCUGCAAGCAGUUGCUAUGCCGGGAUCGGUGAAGUUGAUUGGCCCAGGGGCUUUUCGUGGAAGUCCCAAGUUGUUGUCAGUGGACUUGGGGGAUCGCCCUAGAUCUUUGCAGAUAGAUGACUCCGUCUUUUGGGGAUGUGCAUCUUUAGUAAACCUUUGUUUUCCUGCCAAAUCCCCGUUGACCCUCCGCACUGUGGGCUACGACGUCUUUCAAGGCUGCACAACGCUGCAAAAUCAUUAUGGCGAAAGGAUCCCCUCGUUUGCCGUGGAGCGUCGCUUUGAGAACUUUCCGAUACACAAGCUAUGUUACCACGCCUCUGUUACAACACCAGAUGAGCUGACUCUGGAGAUUGAGUCAUCAAAGCAAUCAAUGCAAGGCAAUAAUACUACCCAUGCUCAUUUGGUUGACCCUUUUGGUUUGACACCCUUUCACGUUCUGUUGUCGGCUGCAACCUGCAGACUUGAUCUUUUGCAACUCAUGCUAGAUGUGUAUCCACCGUAUGUCCUUGGAUGGAAAGACGUGAAUGGAAAGACUGCCGUUGAAUACUUGACCCAACGAAUGUAUCUGCAUGAAGACUCACGAACCAUGCUUCGAUCGGCCCUUGAUCGAUGGUUGGUGGGUUAUAUAUCGAGCUGGAAUGUAUUCGAAGCUUGGAACAAUGACAUGUUAAGUAGGGUGAAUGUGAUUGUUGCCGAGGAGGAAGUCGAACUGAGACAAUUUUUGCUUCGAGAAGCGUCGAUGGCUUUGUCGCGGUAUGAAAAGAUGGAGGCUACGACGUUGUUGGAGUUGUCUUUGUGGAAAGCUGUGUUAAAGUCGGCCAACAGUGUAUUAGAAGAUGAUUCAGUGAGGACUAUGGUCGACUGGAAUAAUCGAGAAGCAUAUCGGUUUCGAAGCGGUGCUUCAGUCGUCGUGCCGAAUGUGAUGGCAUUCUGUUAUGACACCAAUCUUACGUAA